AUUAGUUUUGUAUCUAGAAUUAUCCCUAGAUAAGUAUAAAUAGGAGUAGUCUUAGGCAUUUGUAACGAAGCCAAAAAAAUCAAAAAAGCCUUCUUUCCUAACAAAAUUUUCCCCUCCAAAACUUUCCUUAUCUUUUCAAAACUUCCUGUUCUUUAGUUGAAUCUUCCUAUUUUUAUUUAACGAUCCUGGGCUAGCAUAAGAUCUCCAAAUAAUACUUUUCUUCUGCUAUUCUUCACAUGGUAUCAGAGUCAAAGUUGGCUUCUAGAUAUAUUUGCAAGGUCGGGUUAGUGGUUGAUUCAACUGGUUUCUCUAAAUGGAUUUGGGUGAUCGUGCUAAUGGACUGGGGAUGGAGUUGUUGAACCAGUUCAACUACAAGGUAUGGAAGACUUGUAUGGAGUCAUACCUUGUUGGUGAGGAUUUGUGGGAAGUUUUCAAUGGGAGUAACACAAGUUCUCCUGCUAACGCACCGAAAAAUAGCAAUGCGCAUAAGAAGUGGAAGCAGAUUAAUGUGAAAGCGGAGUUUAUCCUAAAGAGGUUUAUCUCUCCUAAUUUAUUUGAUCAUAUUAUAAGGUGUAAAUCAACUCAUGAAUUAUGGAGGACCUUCGAUCGGCUGUUCAACAAGAAGGAUGAAGCUCGGCUACAUAUUUUGGAGAAUGAGUUAGCUAACACCACUCAAGGAGCUACUAGCCAAACAGAUGGUUGGUGUAUCUAUCAAAGAAGGGGAAGGAAAUUCUCUUGUCGCCGAUAAGAGGAACUUUAAAGGGAAAUCAAGAGAUAACAUGCACUUUCUAUCCUCAAGUGGUUUAAGCUCGCCAGGAAAGAAGGGGAGUCUUCCAGUAACGGUAAAAAGACUUUAAAAUAUUAUAGUUGUGGUAAAGUUGGACACAUAAGAAGAUAUUGUCGAGCCAAAGAGAGCAAUAUGGCUCAAACCAAGAAAGCUGGUGAAGAAGAAGAAAAAGAAGAAGACUGGGGAAAGUACUUUGCAGCGGAGACUCUAUCAAUAAAUGACAUGGCUUCAAUAAAUUUUGAAAGAGACUGGAUCGUGGAUUCAGGAUGUGGACACCAUCUCACUGGACAUCAAUCCAAAUUCUCCACCUUUCGUGAAUACAACGAAUAUGAUGUCAUUAUUACAGCAGAUAAUACAAUCCAUAAUGUGGAGAAGGAAGGCACUCUUGUGAUCAACGAGAAGCAAAAAUACACUAUCACCCUCAACAGUGUCUUUCAUGUUCCAGGUAUGAAGAAAAAUAUUUUCAAUUGCAAAUGUUGUAGAUGCUGGAAACUAUUUGCUAUUUGGCCCACGUGAUGUGAAGUUUCUCCGAAA